GGUGGCAGAAGGUGGGUCUAAAUCCCUCGUGGAGCCCAGGGCUGAUUAAUGAUUAAAGGGGAUUAGGAGGAGGGUCGAGUCUGGGCUGCUAGUCUCACUCCGAUGCUGCCGCGGCUGCCUUCGUGCUAUUUGUGUUACUACGACAACUCGCCUCUCUCAGGACCAAAUCUGAGGAUGUCAGCAGGAAAACCGGCUGGAAAUGAGAGGAGAGGGAUGUCAGACGUUCAGAGUGAAUGCUGACCACUCUGUCAAAGCUCCUACAGUGCAACGAUAAUGCAGCGUCCACACGAUAUUGCUCAUAACCACCACGCUAAGCUGCUUAUGAAAGGACCUUCAGAGAACUGCAUGCCCAGCCCCCCUCCCCUCGGUCCCCCACAUCCCCUGGAGGAUAACCUGUUCCUCUCCCCUGCUCUACCUGUGUCCCACCCUUAAUCCCACCCUGGACUUAAGAGAAAACUCAGAGAAGAUAUAUUUCUAAUGGCUGUCUUAAGAGUUAAGUUUACCAAGACCAAGAGGGACAAGCUGGCCCAGGUGCUGUGGAUCCUCAACUGGAUCUCAGUGGUUACAGGGGCUAUCCUGUUCAGCCUGGGCCUCUUCCUCAAGGUGGAACUCAACAAGCGAGUGGAGCUGAUGUCUGAGAGGGACAUCCAGUACGUGCCCAACAUGCUCAUAGCAGUGGGCCUCAUCGCCUGUGCCAUCAACUUCCUGGGUGGGAAGAUCUGCUACGACUGCGUGGACACCACCAAGUUCUUGCGCUGGAAGCUGAUCAUGCUGCCCUACAUCAUAUGCACCUUCUUCUUCACCUUCUGCGUGCUGGUGGGCGCUCUGAUGUGUUACAGCAUGCGCGGGGAGCUGGAUGACUCUCUGAACAUGGGGUUGACAGAGGCCAUGAGGUUCUAUAAGGACACAGACACACCAGGGCGCUGCUUCCUCAAGCGCACUGUGGACAUGCUGCAAAUCCAGUUCCAGUGCUGUGGGAACAAUGGCUUUAAGGACUGGUUUCAGAUCCAGUGGAUUAGCAACCGCUACCUGGAUAUGGCCCAAAAGGAUGUAACUGACCGUUUAAGGAGUAACGUGGAGGGGAAGUAUCUGAUAGAUGGAGUGCCCUUCAGCUGCUGCAACAUCGACUCGCCGCGGCCCUGCAUCCAGCAGCACAUCACCAACAACUCGGCCCACUUCAACUACGAGCACCAGACCGAGGAGCUUAACCUGUGGAUGAAAGGGUGCCGCCAGGCCCUGCUGGAGUACUACACUCACAUCAUGCAGUCGAUCGGCCUCACCGUUCUGAUCACGUGGCUGUUUGAGCUGUCAGUGUUGACGGGCGUCCGUUACCUCCAGACCUCCUUAGAAAAUGUGCUGAGGCAAGGAGACCCCAACUCGGAGUCUGACGGCUGGCUGCUGGAGAACGGCUUCAUGGAAACGGCUCGAACCAACUUAAACAUCAUCAAGAGCCUCGGCAAGAACAACCAUAUAGACACCACCAACAACGGAGACCCCAACAUCAAUGUCCCCUCUACCUCCAAAGCGCACUAUGGGCCAGACAAUGUUCCACCAAAGCAAGUGGCUGAAGGCAGUUGACACUUCUCAGAAAAAAAAUAAAAUUAAGAGAAAAUGGGUGAAUAGCUUACUUAAAACCCAGAAAGGGCCUUCAUCCAGACUAUUUAAUUAAAAGAGAUGUUUAUUUAUUUGAUAGAGUAUAAAUUAGAAAAGAUUUGUGUCUGUGUGGAAAUGAAAGAAAAAUGUUUGACCUGUUUCCUUGAAUGACAGGAUACGUCUUUUACAAAGAAUUCCUAGUUGACUUAACACCACAAUCCAUACGUUUCCAUAAAUUGUCCUUUUCAACUUAAACACACCAGAAAUCACCGUCAGAUCAGUACAUCUUCAUACAUACACCUGUACUGUAAGCCGUUGUUUACAACGAUAUCUUGUUGCCUGUGUAUUGCGUGGUUUCGCAACAAGUGACCUACCAUUGGCAACACCUGAAUCAAAAAUGAACUUGAAAUAUGUUGUUGAUGGGUGAAGACAAAUUAGUGACUUUGCACAGGUCAUGUUAGAAAAUCUAGUCAAUGGAGUCUAGAACAAUAGCAAGAAUUUGACAUGCAAAGACGUCUGAUGAUUAGCUUCUGGGUGUUUAGUAAAAGUUUCUCACAACAUAACUGUGUCGUUACAUAAAUACAGUAGCUUCAUGCUGUCACAAAAGCAAGCCAUCACAACAAUGACUCUCAUGUGCCUCAGCAAUGCCUCUGUGGUUUAAUCAUCUGAUGAACAAAAUCUCUCGCUGGGAAGAACUACCAAAGCUUGGUAAUAAAACUUUUAAAAACCUUUUUAAA